AUGCAGCACUUGCUGAGGUUGCUGAGGGAGCAUGGGGACGCCAGCUCUCCCCCACCUGACUUGGUGACCCUGGCUGGCAAGCUGUGCCGGGACUUCCAAGACAACCCUGUUCAGGUGCUACAUUUGGUGGAAGCCAUUCUGAACAGCAAGCAUCGUUGGGAUCUUCUGUACAAUGCAGAUGUGACCCUGGUGUGUGUCCAGGUCCUGAUCCAGCAGGAGCAGCAGCUUUUAGCCCUCCAGAUUCUAGAGGUGUGUCAGGUGCCAGGAGGCAGCCAGGAGCUGGUACAACUCUGGAAUGACAUCCACUACCACCUGACCAUGAGGAGGCUGGGUGUCACCAAGCUGAAUGCAGCACAGAGGUUUCGCUGCAGGAAGAGGAAUCCACCACCCCUUACCUUCUGCCCUGAGGGUCCUAAGAACCGGAACUUCCUCCCAGAGGUUCGGAGCUGUCUGCAGAACUUUGCCAGAGGUGUGAGUGCUUAUCCCAAGAAGGCCCAGUUGGAGAAACUGGCUUCAGAGACAGGCUUGACUACUGAACAAGUGUACAGCUGGUUUGCCAAUUAUCGGCGGCGACAGAAGGCUCUUCUGCAGCAUGUGGCAAGAGCCCAGGAGGCCACAUCAGAAGUUUCCAGGGCAGAUGAUCAUGUCCCUGAGCCAGUGGAGUUCUCAGAAAACCAUCGUGAGUCUCUGACUGUAUCUCAGUGCUCAGCUGCAAGUGAAGGAAGUGGGACUCUACAGUCCCCUGAGAACCCCCAACGAUUUAAGAGGUUGAAGUCCCCAGCUCUGCCGUUUUCUGGAGAUUACACAACGUCACAACCACUGGGUCUCAGGUCACUAUAUGGAUGUGAAAGGCACCCAGAGUGGCAAGGUCACCAUCCUGCGAGCCUUACAUCUGUGGGCCCUGCCAAUGAGCCUGGCCUCUGCCCUUUGGCUGCUGACAAUAGUAACAUUCUUGAUUCCUCUAUGAAUGCCCCUGAGUCUUGGAACAUGCCCCGCACACUGCCAUCUUCCAGGGAAGUUUUCCCUUCAGUGGAGCAACCGGGCCAUAGACAGAAUCUGAACUCUGAGAUGGAUCCUGAAGUUGCAUCUUUGUCCAUGGCCAUUGCUGCCCUCUGUGAUCUCAGCCAUGCAGGAUGUACUGAGCAGCAGGGAGGUCAUCUUCAGAGCUUGUACACAGAGGAUGGUCCAGAACCGAGAAGUAGGCAAGCAACUUCCACUGCAGUCUCUAAAAUUCAUCAUCACAGUUCUCUGGAAGUGAUGCCAGCCUUACCUACCAUGCCAGCAGCACCCCCGUCUAUGAUGGAGCUAAGCCAGCCCUUACCCUUCAGCCAGGUGGAAAGGGCUGAUGACCAGCCCUCAUGGGAUGCUUUCUGGGGAGCCACAAUGCUCCUUGAGUUUUCUGAGGGCAUCCUGGGUCAAACUGUCCAUGUGGAGAUGGAGCAGCACAGGGAAUGA